UUUCAGGGCAAUUUGAAAUAAUCGAUUGAUCGUUUAGACUAGGCAACGAUUGUUUGAAUUAUGAGCGAUGUCGAUUUUAGUGAUGGAGAGGAAGAUGGUGCAACAAAUUCAACACUUGCAACUGAUAGUAAACGACAUGCCCGUGCACAGCACAAUGCUUUAGAACGACGUCGUCGUGAUAACAUCAAGGAUAUGUACGGUGCUUUAAAAGAUACUAUUCCUGGAAUGCGUAAUGAAAGAGCUUCACGAGCUGCUGUUCUAAAGAAGUCAAUCGACCUAAUAACAUCAAAGCAGGCUGAUUUGGAGAAAAUUUUAGCAGAAAAUCAGAAAUUGGAACAAGAAAAUGAUAUAUUGGAGCAUGAGAUUGAACGACUGAAACAAAGAGCCGAAAGUCAAGUUACUGGAACGGCAUCCGAUGAUGCAAAUCGCUGGACGAACAGAGAUACUCUAGGGAAUGACGCGACAUCCGGAAGUGAUCUUUCCCAGUUGAAUGCACACUUCACUCUUCCAAACCGUAAACGUCCAGCUCCAACCGAUGACCAAAGUACGCUUCCAAGGAAUGCCUAAAUUUAUUCUUCUGUUAGUUUAAUGUCUUGUACAGAAUCGUGACAUUUCCUUGUUAAGUCCGAAAUGCAUUUACUCGGUAUCAAAAUAUAUAGUUACUAUACUAGCGAG